AUCACAAAAAUCCGUCGAUAUAGCGUUCGAUGAUAUUUGCAGUCAGCUGCGUGAUAGCGCUACGUUACAAUGCCAGCGUUCCAUAGCAUUGCCGCGUCAAAUGAUUAACAAAUGGUUAACGAUUUAAAUUUGAAAUUAAGAAUUCUAUCUGAAAACGGACUUUUCCAAGGAAGAAAACCAGAUAAAGCUUUAAUACAAUUCUGGGGGAGAUAAACCUUGUCUGAUAAACAAGGUUCAGAAUUUUCAAACACAGCAGAAGAAAAGACACGUAGACGAUGUCAAAAAUGAAUGAGAUGCCGCCAGCGUUUUUGGCCCCAGAAUGGGUGUUGAGAGGCCAGAGGGAUUAUGGAUAUCCAGAGGGAAUUCGUUUGCGAGCCCACCGUGUCAUGGCUGAGACCCAGAAGUUGGUGGACCAGACCAACAAGGCUACAGAGCGCAUGCAAGAGGACAUCAACAAGAAGCUUGCUCAGAGGAUCCAGGAUGUCCGGAUGUGGAGGGGGGAGCUCUACAGGAAGCUGGAGGAGAUGGUGGAGGAGAUCGAGGCGCUCCAGAUGCUCGGGACCAGGCUGGAGAGGGCGAUCGAGAGCUGCUCUGAGGCCCUGUCGAUCACGCUGCUGUGCUUGGCUGAAAGGCAAAAAUAUGUGGGGGCAUCGCCUGACAGGGUAGAGAGUGAACUGAUGAAGGAAAGAGAGCUCAUCGAGAGAGUGAUCUCACUGCUACACUGCACACUGAAACAGACCAAUGAGCAGACCAGGCUCAAUCGUUCUGCAACGUACUUCCUGGAGAGGGACCUACAGGACAACUUCCAGGCUGAGCAGAUUGAUAGUUUCUGCUGUAUCCUCACCAAACCACCCCCUAAUGUGGUCUAUGCAGAGGAGCCUGACCUCACUACUCCUGGCGUGAGCUCAGAAGAUUGGAACACUAUCACCAACAUGAAGGUGUCUAAGCUGGAGCAGCAGAGGAGGAACUCGAUAUCCCUGAGGGCCCAGGCGCAGAGCACGCUGGAGCGGACGGCCACGGACUUGCGCCGGCAGCACCAGGCCACAGGGGGCGCCAUAGAGGAAAAUACCCAAGACAAUAGGAAGGCCAAAGAAGAGAUGGAAGAAAGCCUAGCCAAAGUGCUGGCAGAUACUGAAAGCGUGGACAACAACAUGGCAUCUCUUGGAGAGAGCAUAGAGGCCAAGCAGGGGCAGCUGAGCGUUGCGCAGGUGCAGCUGGCUGCGCGCAGUCAGAGGCCCGGGAUAGAGCAGUGCCAGGACGCUGCGCAGGUCCAGCUGCUAGCGAUGGUCCAGGAGCUGUCUGCUUACAUCAGCGGGCUAAGUGAGAGCCUCUCUCUGAUGGAAGUAGAGCUUCGAUCCCUGAACAGAAGCCAGGUGUUCCUGGAGGAGCAGAUCCAGAUCAGGGCAAACGCCCUUAAGAACAACGAGGCGACCUACGGACUGCUACAGCAGAAAGCCAACUGUCACAGUUUCUAA